AAGGGACUAUCUUCUCACUCUGUCUGGACUUUUCCAGAGCGGCUGCAAGACUUCUGCAAAAUGCAGCUUUGUUAUCUGACUCUCUGUGUGCUGCUAAUCAAGGUGUGCGAUGGAGCCACAGAGGAACCGGCAUUGUGUGAGCCGGGAUUCAGCACGGAGCGUUAUGCCUUUACUGUGACCCGCAAGGUUCUGGAAAGAGGAAGAGUCCUGGGCAAAGUGGAUUUCAAUACCUGCAGCGCUGGAACUCUGGCCCUGUAUUCCCCUGACGACACACGUUUCCGAGUGUUCCCUGAUGGUAAGGUGACGGUGAAGAGACAGGUCACUCUCCAUGAUGGAGCCCUCAGCUUUGUGCUGAAUGCCUGGGAUGCCGCUCGAAAGAAACACUCGGUGACAGUCCUUGUAUGGAACGAGAGGGAACAGCAGGAAAAUUCCCAUUUGUUGAAGAGGCAGAAAAGAGAUUGGACAAUCCCUCCUUUGGCAAUCUUUGAGAAUGAUAAGGGUCCAUUUCCUAAACGCGUUGUCCAGAUUAGUUCUUCUCAAAGCACAAAAAUCAAGACUAUUACAUACUCCAUAAGUGGGGAAGGAGCAGACAGGCCCCCAGUUGGAGUUUUCACCAUUGACGCCAAAACUGGAAUCCUAAUGGUAACCAGACCCCUGGACAGGGAGGUGAUUGAUAAGUACCAGAUCACCAUCCUGGUGGUGAAAUUGGCAUUUGAUGACCUGCUGGAGCAGUGCUGUCACUCCCUGCUGGAGGUGCAUGCUUUGUCGGAAACGUGGAACGUGGAAGAGCCGAAGACAUUCUUUGUUCAUGUGAAAGAUCAGAAUGAUAACUUUCCAGUCUUCACACAGACCAUAUUUGAUGGCUUUGUGACAGAGGGAUCCCCACCCG